GGUUUAAGAAAUCCAAUUUAUCCAAAAAAAAUUAAAAAAAGCCGACACGAAUCCAACUCUCCUCUCCGUACCUUUUUCUACUACUACUCCCGUGAUCGUCGUGUAUGGAUAUGUAUACGCCACGUAUACGUUCGUCCAUUGGCAUCCCCUCUCACCCUCUCUUUUUCGUCUCCAGAGGACAUGCUGGAUUCCUGCUACUGCGUUGGCGACUUCGACCUCCAUGACGACGACCAUCCCGUCCGCCAUAUAAUCCCCGCUCUGCUUGAGGACGAACUGCCCGAGUUGAUGUCGCAGAAAGGUUCUGUGACCAACCCGGUCCACGGUGAUCGGGUCCAGAAGAGGCCGCCACGUCCAGAGAUCGGAUCGGCGGCGGUGGAAGCGGCGGCAAGGGAGCUGUUCGUGGAGGAGGACGGGAUGACCGCUUGGCUCCACUACCAGAUCGGGGAUGACGACGGCGAUCUGUAUAGAGAGCUUCCGGCGGCCGGCGCCGGGGAUGGCGGCCAAGUUCCGGCCGAUCGAGGGCACGGUCUGGCGGUGGAGAAGCAGGGGGUAGUGGUGGAAUCGAGCGAGACGCUGGCGGACGGGCAGGCGGCGGUGAUGGGUCUGAGAAGAGGUCCGGCGAAGGCGCACGCGGGGGACGGCAGGAAGCGGAAGGCGAGGGAGGGCGACAACUCCGAGUUCCAGAGCGAGGAUGCUGAGUUUGAAUCUGGUGACAAAGGGAAAGACACACACAGAUCUGCAUCCAUGAGAAGGUCAGGUGCUGCAGAGGUCCACAAUCUUGCUGAGCGGAGGCGUCGGGAUAGAAUAAAUGAGAAGAUGAAGGCCUUGCAAGAACUCAUUCCCAGUCCCAGAUGCAACAAGUCUGACAAAGCUUCGAUGCUCGACGAAGCCAUUGAAUACUUGAAAUCACUCCAGUUACAGGUCCAGAUGAUGUCCGUGGGAUGCAACGCGGGGCCAGCGAUAUUUCCAGGUGUUCAGACGUACCUGCCGCAUUUGGGGAUCGGCAUGGGCAUGGGCAUGGGCAUGGGCAUGGGUUUGGGUACGGGCCCAGCAUUGACAAUGGGCCCACAGAUUGGCGCUGGGGGGCUGGGCCUUCCGGUGCUUCGUUAUGGAUCUUUCUUGCCUUGUGUUCCUCUUGCUGGGCCUGCUCCAGCUCAACUUGGCCCAAGGCCCUUGGUGCCGUCCUUUGGUUCGCCGAAUAUGGGCAUGGCCGUGGCUGAUCAAAGCAGAGCGCGGGCACCUUGGCAGCCAAAUCCAACAUCGAGCCCAGGCAGCAUGCACAGCACAAAUAUGGUUCAAAUCCCACAAAUUGGUGAUCCCUAUUGUCAUUUUAUUGGCACUCAUCGCCUUAAUGGAUCAUCUCAGAGUUGCGUAAUGGAUGAACCAGGAACCAGCAAAGGAAUUUAAUGCUGCUGAAAGUAACAAACUCGGUUGAAAAUGUUGAGCCAUAUGUUGACUUUCACCUGCACCGGAUCAACUAGCCCUGAAAAUGGAUCGUGUCGAAGCACACAACCUACUAGAGUUGCCUAGAGAUGCCUACUAAAUUUUGUCGAAUACGUGAGGAUAACACUACCCUUCUUGGUACAUAGAGUACAUGAGGAUAGCACUACCAUCCUAGAUAUAUCAAGUUCAUUUCUCAUUUUAUAUAUUUCCUGCUAUAUAUAUAAAUGUACUACAAAAUAUGUCUCAUACCUCCCUCCUGGGGGGCACGAGCAUGGUGUAAUUUCGGUGAUAAGAUUAGUUUAUCUUCAGUCAUCUUUCUAGCCUUUAGCUCCAACACAAAAAAAAACAAAUAUUAAAGAAUUUUUAAUU